AUGAAACCAGGGAACAACAACACAGACUGCAGCUGUGCUUUUAAUGACCUUUCGCUCUUUUUGGAGGUAWAAAGGCUUAAGUUGGUACCAUCUUUGAGUCUGAGGCAGAAUCAGCCUCUGGAGCGUUCCAGUGAAGAUGUGGAUAUAAUAUUCACCCGACUGAAGGAAGUGAAAGCCUUUGAGAAAUUUCAUCCAAACCUUCUCCAACAGAUAUGUCUCUGUGGAUAUUAUGAAAAUCUGGAAAAGGGAAUCACAUUAUUUCGUCAGGGUGAUAUUGGGACGAACUGGUAUGCUGUUCUCACAGGAUCACUGGAUGUUAAAGUUUCUGAUACAAGCAACCAUCAGGAUGCUGUGACAAUAUGCACUUUGGGAAUAGGAACUGCUUUUGGAGAGUCCAUUCUGGAUAACACUCCUCGCCAUGCUACCAUCGUUACUAGAGAAUAUAGUGAGCUCCUUCGAAUUGAGCAGAAGGACUUUAAAGCCCUUUGGGAGGGGUAAAAUUUAGCAGUGACAUGCGGUGGUAGAGGGAAGAUGAGCGGAG